GGUCCGUGAUCAUAAUAUCUAAACAGGAAUAUUAAAUGCUAUUCGCCUGGGUUACCAUCUGUAAAAGACUACAAGCUAUAUAUUCUACCAAUUUAGAACGUAAAAUCGAUCCUUGAACGCUGAAUCUAAACGAGAACUCCUCUGGUUAUCCACAUAUGUUGAUCAAAUUGGUAUCUACGUGGCAUCAGACAAUGCGAUACCCUCGUUUAAGCGACGAUCACCGCUGAAACUGACUUGAAAAUAUUUAAAUAUUUGUUUGUGCUUACAACCUUAGUUUUUGGGGCUUCGUUUCUUCAGUCAUGGAACAAGCAAGAUCAACAACACAGCAAGAUCAAGUGUGGAGAAACGGGGCUUUUAAGGCAGUUGUAAAAUCCAUCUUGAAUCCAAGAGAAACGGAACAUAAUUACAAACUGUACAUCAAUUCUUUAAAACGGUACAAAACUUUUGAGGAACAACUAAAAGGCGAAAGUGGAAGAUAUGUUGAGCUUCUAAUGUCUGGAAGCAUGGCUGAAAGUUUAUUUGCGACUCACUGGGUAUACGAGGACGGCAGACGGGAAGCAAAAAAUGAUAUCGACAUUAUGCUUGUGGAUUUUUCGAUGAAAGUCGUAGAGAGGAAAGCAGUUAACAGUUCAGUAGGCUUUAACGAUUUUGCUGCAGUAGUACAUGAUAAUAACCAUUUCUCGACGGCAGAAUUGUCUCAUCCUAUGGAUCAAAAGUGCUACGACCAAAAAGAUGUUCCACUCCUGGAUACGGAAAUGUCUGCUACUGGUUCGUUACAAAAUGGGUCUGGAAGCGAGAGGAGUUCCGAGGAAUUUGCCUGGAACAUUAAUGGGGAUUCUAGGGAGUCUGAGGAUCCUACUGGGGAUUCUACUCCCGGAGAUUCUACUGAUCCGGGCUCAUUACAAAAUGAGUCUGGAAGCGAGAGGAGCGCCGGGGAUUCUGAGGAUUCUACUGGGGACUCUGGGGACUCUGAGGGUUGUGCUGGAGAUUCUAUUGCCGGGGAUUCUAACGAUUACGAUGAUUCUACUGACGGGGAUUCUACUAACGAUGAUUCUGCUGACGGGGAUUCUACUGAUCCGGAAUCAUUACAAAAUGGGUCUGGAAACGAGAAUAACUCCGGGCAUUCUAUCGAUUCAGCAGAGAAACGAGAAUAUACACAAAAGGAUCUUUUUCUUGAGACAACCGAUCGUCCGGGCUACGUCCAGCUCCGCUAUGAACCUCAAAAAGAAGGAAAGUCAGCUUUCUUGUCAACAGACAAUUUUAAAGAGUUCUGGCGUGAGAUCGUUAACAAAACUGCACUAUAUUCUCUCGUGAGCGGACCUCAACUUCCAUCUGGUGGUGUUCUUGCUACGGGACCUGCACUCAACAGACGGGAUCGCCCUAAUAGUAGAAACAACUAUGCUCAUGAUUACGUCCCAUGUUUGCAGUGCCCUGAAUGGCCAUCAAUAGCAAACAACUGGUCUGAAAGGAGCAGGACAAUGGGGUGGCCUAGUAAAGACUUGAUUUCAGAUAUCUUAAGCAAAGGAUGUCACGUUGUGCCCGUAUCUCAUCAUGACAGUACUUCAUACAAUACUGAAUGGCGGCUUUCUUUUUCUUUGGCCGAGAAAAUGCUUGUGAAUUCUCUAUCAAAGGAACAACGUCAAAGUUACAUUGUCGCAAAGUUGAUCAUGAAAGAGGUCAUCCAGGAAAUAAAGAACAACGCUUUCCUUGAGAAAACACCAUCUUCCUAUCACUUGAAAACCAUUCUGUUAUGGAAAUGCGAAGAAAAGAAAUUAGAAGAGUGGAACAACAUUCUUAAUUCAGCAGUUGAAUUGCUAGAAAGCUUUGUUGAUCAUUUGUUAAGAGGCAACAUCCCAAACUACUUCAUUCCAGAGAACAACAUGGUGAGUCACAUUAGUCAUCAAGGUCUYGUUUCUGUGGCAAAUGGAAUUGCAGCAUCUCUCGAAGACAUUCCUGCAACAUUGCACAGAGUUUUCCAAACUGCCUAUGAAACUGUGCUGGACUUUGAUAAUGAUUAUUUCCCAGUUUUAAGGCUUGUUAAUUGUGAAUUAGAGAUGUUUUGUCAAACUGGUACAGCAGGAAAUAAACUUUAUCUUUGUUACAUCUUGAAUUCCUUGGUUGAUUCGCUGUCUGCUGCUAUUAUUGGAACAUCUGAUGAGCUGCAACAUCUUGACGACCACAAGCAUAUUUUAAAAAUUUAUUGUACACAUCAAAUUGCAGCGGGGAAUCCUCUAACACUACCAUCGCCUCCAGUUUUGGGAGCAGCAGAGCAAAGUACAACAGUGAUGCUCCUCUUCCAGUACCUGUACACUUUACUGCAAGACGACCACAUUCUGACCCAGCUACAGAAUGACAUCUUCGCAAUUUUGUCAAGAAUAUUCACCAGAAUUUUACCUGUUAUUUCUUUAAAUUUAAGCGAAGAAAUGUUUUGUGACUGUUGUGAAGAAAGCCUGAGAGUAUAUCAACGUGUGUGUACCAAACUUAAAAUAGAGUUAAGUUCAUAUCGCUCGUGUCAUGAGGAAUUAAUCGCACUACGCGGCCUUGAUUUUAUUUUCUUUAAGUGCAACGAGCUCGCUGAAAUGGAGGCCUUCGAGUUUGCUGCUAAGCGAUUUCAAAAAUUCAAAGAAGAUGGUCAAAUAGAAAAGGCAAAAUCCUUGGAAUGGUAAAAGGAAAACGUUUGAAACUCUGGCUUUUGCCACCCUGUUGACGAGAAGAUCGAAUCAAUUGAAAUUUUUAAUAUUUUUGAUAAUAUUUUAAAUAUUUUUAAGCCUUAAAAGGCCUAAGUUUAAGUACUUUUCUGAGGACCUAGCGUGAGAUGAUAUGCUCUCGUUUGACAUUUGUAGACUUUUGGAUUAUUUUUUUUAUAAUUCGGGACUAAAAUGCCGUAUUACGUAUAAAACAUUUUGUUUGACCUCAUCCAGUUGUUGUUCUAGUUCGUGUUCGCUUUGCACCAUCACGUGACGGCGCCCAUAAUACAGCUUGGACUGCCUGUGGUUAGAUAGGCAAAACGAUAAAAUCUUGUUGCUCUCUAUUGACAUUGGUCAUACAACGAACCGCUCAAAAAUUUGAUCAGUAAAUACCGUUUACACGGAGAUUAGAAAGAAUACAAAUCGCAGCUGAGGACAAACUGUAAAGCUGCGGUAAACUAGGUAGAGUGCAUACUAUAUAUCCGCGAAAAAGUUAAGUUUUUACAGAUUUAUGAUUUGCACACUAAGGCAAUGGAAUACGUCUAUUACUAUUAAAAGCUGAAAACGUAUUUAAUGAAAGAAUAUGUGUACAAUAAGACUCCGAAAUAAAGAUA